UCCAGUUAGAGACAUAAGUAAGCUUGAGAAACGCCGUCCAACAGAAAAGAAGUUACAGUAUUUUGUGAGCUGUUGUAAAAAAGGGUGGGAAUUGGCCUGGACUGCUGAUUAUACUCUCCCAGUCCGGCCGCGGGUGUGUGUGAGUCAGUAACGCCUGUGAGCGCAUCUCAUUUUCUGGCAGCUUUGGUCCCUUGGGUGUCGUGGAGUCUGUCAGAGGACUGGGAGAGACAGACAGAUCUCUGCAGAGAGCGAGUCUGGCACGGUGAAUGGGCAGCUGUCGGGCCGAUUCUAUCCAAUGUGCGUGUGUGUACAGUAUAUGCUAAUGAGAGCGAGAGUUUGAUUAGUGUGGUAAUCGGUGGAUAGGAUGCAGAAACGUGGCUGCAUCUUCAUCACGACACGUCACGUUGCCUCAGGGAGAAAACAUGUCACGGACCGUUAGAGAGUGAAGGACAAGGGAAACGCUGACGCCGAGCUGAUCCACCGGGAUGCCGACAGCGAAUGAAAAAGAGGACAACAUCUAUAUUUGAAUCCUCUCCUCAGUUACAGUCCCUCAUCUGCAGUUUACGCUGGAUUCCCGGCCAUGUCCAACGACAGCAGCGUCCUCGGUGUCUGGGAGGCGUCUGAUUGGACGAACACAUCUCAGUGCCCACCCUCGGUAGGCGGCGCGACGUUCUUGAUCGUGGCGUACAGCGCUGUGAUUGCAAUCGGCUUGCUGGGCAACGCGGGCCUGGUGUUCAUCAUCGCCCGGCAACAGGAGCUGCGCAACGUCACCAACAUCCUGAUCGCCAACCUGUCGUGCUCCGACAUCCUCAUGUGCGUCGUGUGUCUUCCGGUCACCGUCAUCUACACGCUGAUGGACCGCUGGGUGCUCGGGGAGGCCCUGUGUAAGGUGACUCCCUUCGUCCAGUGCAUGUCAGUGACCGUCUCCGUCUUCUCUCUGGUGCUGAUCGCUCUGGAGCGUCACCAGCUGAUCCUCCAUCCCACCGGCUGGUCCCCGGCAGCCGGACACUCGUACCUGGCCGUCGGGCUGACGUGGCUGGUCGCCUGCUUCAUCUCGCUGCCCUUCCUCUCCUUCAACAUCCUCACCAACGACCCUUUCCAGAACAUCAGCUUGCCUGUAAACCCCUUCAGGGACCAUCUGAUCUGUAUGGAGCUGUGGCCGUCAGAUAAGCAUCGUCUUGCCUACACCACCUCACUGCUGCUCUUCCAGUACUGCCUGCCUCUGCUGCUGGUGCUCCUCUGCUACCUCCGCAUCUUCCUCCGCCUGAGGCGACGCAGGGACAUGCUGGAGCGCAGCCGGAGGACUCAGGGCGCCCAGAGGAUCAACACCAUGCUGUUAGCCAUCGUCGUAGCCUUCGCUCUGUGCUGGCUGCCGCUCACCGUCUUCAACACGCUGUUUGACUGGCACCACCAGGCGCUACCCGACUGCCAGCACGACGCCGUCUUCUCCGCCUGCCACCUCAUGGCAAUGGCCUCCACCUGCAUCAACCCCGUGGUGUACGGCUUCCUCAACAGCAACUUCCAGAGGGAGCUUAAGUUAACACUGCAGCGCUGCCAGUGUGGCCACCGCACGGCGGAGAGCUACGAGAGCUUCCCGCUCUCCACCGUGGGCAGCGAAGGCAUCACGAAGGCCACCUCGCUCAACAGGAUGGGAUCGGUGUGCGUUCCCUCACCCAGACUGGAGAUCAGCUCAGCUGCGAAAACAAUACCAGCUCACACCUGAUAAUGAAGAGCAAAAUGUUUUCUGACAAGUUUCUGGCAGGCAAAUGGCUUGCGAGUGGCUGACAGCUGGAACAGAGUGUAACAGACGGUCUGAGACCUCUGAGUCGAACACUACUUCAACUUUACUUUCCUGCCAGAGUGAAACAGCUUUGUUUGAGUUGGGCUGGCUGUUUAGGGCUGGAAAGAAUGAAGAUGGAGGUUGGUUGAAGCAGCUUCAAGUCCAAAAAAACGAGAAGGACAAUCUUGUAAAUUGAUAAUGGAUGUAUAAUAAGACCUGGAUACAACAUUCGAGGUGGAGCCACAUUUAUUCCAAUGAAUACACCAAUUUCCUGGUGAAAGUCUUGUGUUUUCUCCUUAACUUCUUCAGGACAUGAACACCUGUUUCCUGGGUGAAAGUCUUGUGUUUUCUCCUUAACUUCUUUCGGGACACAAACUCUGCUCCCCUGCUUGAAAACCCGAUGUUUUAGGACCCAAACAUCCACCCAUUAUCACGAUGAUUCCCCCU